AUGAAUAAAAGCAUCUUUCAAAAUAAUUAAAGAGCUAAUUAAGCUUUAAUGCACUCUUAAAUAAAUAGAAACAUAAUGAGAAAUAAUCUAAAUGCAGAUCCGAAUAUUAAACCAGAAGAAAUUGUUGUUGAAUCUGAUAAUAUGCAAUAAACAAUUUAUAUUAAUCCUAAUCAAGAUUAUCAAAAAGUGAUUCCAUAAGUUAUAAUGCCAAGUGUUUUUAAAGGAAAUAGACAAUAAUUAAAGCAGUUAACUGGCAUCAUGUUGAAGAAAAGUCCUCAUUUUAUUUAAGGAUUUUAAAAAAAAUAUUGUAUUUUAGAUAAUAGAAAGCUUUCUUAUUAUAAUCAUGAAAAAAAAAAUCUAUUAGAAGGAUCAUUAAAUUUUGAUCUUUAAGAAUACUAGUAUUUUGAAUAGCGAAAUAGUGAAAACAAAAUAAUUGAAUUUAGGUACAGACACAAUAUAUGAACUUUAGAUUAAUUCCUAAGGGUUGUGAAAAAUAGUUUAUAUUUAAGAAUGAAAAGAUAUAGGAAACUUAGAUAUGGGCAGAAACAAUUUAAGAACAUUUAAAUUUAUCAAAUGGAAGAACAAAAUAAAUGACUUUCUUGAGUAAAACUCCAAAAUUUUGGAAACAUUAUUAAUUUUCAAAUCUAUAAGUAUAAGAGGAUUGUGAUAAUGGAGAUAUAGUUCUAUUUAAAUCAAAGGAUAGAUUUGCUUCAGCAUAAAGAAUUCUACUUAAUUCCGAAUUUGAUCAUGUUGGAAUUUUGUAUAAGGAAAAUUAAUAAUUAUAUGUAUAUGAGGCUGUAUAAACAGGAGUUGGAACAUUUCGUUGGGGUAUUUUAUAAUUAUAUUUAGUAAAUUAGAUUAUUUAAAACAAUAAGAAUGGUACAAAUUUUAUGAGAAAGUUUGCAUUAGAAAAUUAAACUAUCCUCAAAAGAAUGAUUAUGGAGUUUAAAAAAGAUUUUUGGACUUUAUUAAUGAGAAUCUAGGGAAUGAUUAUAGCUUGAAUAUUGGGAAAUUCUUUAGAUUUACAUCUACUAUAUAAAAAUCAUCAGAUAGUUAAAAAGGAGAAAAGAAAAGAUCUUAUUUUUGUUCUGAAUUGGUUGCUAAAGCUUAUAAAGAAAUGGGACUUCUUGAUUAAGUAAAGUCUUCUACCCAAUAUUAUCCAAAUGAUUUUACUUAAGAGAAACAGUUAUAAUUAUUAUAAGGAGCAACGUUGAGUCCAGAAUAUCUAGUUAUUUUUGAAGGAUGA